AUGAAGGGAAAGCAGGAAUCCAUAAAGCUAUUGAGUUCUAUUGAACCUGUAAACUGUUCCGUGCCUGUUAAGCAAAGGCGCGGGAAAAUGGGAAUUUGGAGCUUGGUGAAUUUCGGCAAAGAAACUGUGAAGAAGGUAUGUGAAAUUUCCUACGAUUACAGCACGGAGGCUGUUAGAAAGAUGGACGAAAUCGUUAGAGUUAAAGGCCUCGAAAAACUUGGUGAGUACAUGGCGGAUGAAGGUCAUGCUAAGAUGGUUUAUUUCGGUGCAAAAUUCGUCAAAAAUGCUUCACUUUAUGCAUUCAAGGAAGCAGCCAACAUCUUAAUUCCUGGUGGAAGGGCAUUUGCCAAAAUUUUCGCUGAAACAGUUCGUGAAAUAGAAAGUGAGUCUCGAAAUAAUGCCACUGGCAAUGUCGCGGCAGAGAUGCUGAAAUGCAGAGAGCUGAAGUUAGGUUCUGAAAACAGAGUUCAUGGUGAUUCAUUUACACAUCAAACACCUGAAGAUGUCCUGAGAUUCUUCAUGAUGAUGGAAUUUAUGGGCACUCGUUAUCUCAACUCUUUGCUAGUUUCUGAUCAUGGACAAUGAAACGUAUAAUUGAAGUAAA